GUUUGUUGUUUACUCACCCUACGAAAGAAAGUGCAUGUUAAAACUGAGCGAAUCCGCAGUAUUUAUCGGGCACCAAAACUAGCAGAUAGCCAAUGUAGUGUAUUCCUUAUUUUGCAUUCACGCUUUCAUCUUCAAGGUCAAGGGUUCAACAAUGCCGAUGGUUUUGCGGCCCAGAAAAUCAAUGCACCGCAAUGAUGGAGAAGACGACGACGACGACGAGGAGGGGGAGCAGGAGGAGAGCGAGGCAGCAGAAAUGACAGCGACAGUGAAGAGGAAGUCCCCCCGCCUGCCAGAGAGGCCCACGUCCACUGAGUCAGAAGGGUCGGACUCCGACACUGUGCACAGCCGAGAGAUGGAGAGACUGCACAGUGACGAGGAAACCGUGGGGGAGACCGAUGACACGGAAGUAAAGCACUGCAGCGUUGUGCUGGACCGUCUUGGUGAUAAGGCCCCAAGAAGAGAACCCGAGGAGAGAGACGACAUGAGCCGCAAAAGUGCGAAGCCUGCCUCCCGCAUCCCUACUUUCCAUAAGCGGCCUGCUCUUAUGAGCGUUGAGCUGCCUGUCUCCAAAAAGGAUCCUCCUGUCACUGGAUUUCAGCCUGCUGACAAACCUGCAAGUGUUGACGCAUCAAAGUCCAAGUUUCCUGAUGCUCGUGACAAAGCACACUCCCAGCCAUCAGUCCGCUCCCCCAGAGUUGGCCUUGAGGCCCUCAUCAUCCUGAGCACCACAGACCAAGCGGCUGCAGGGGCUGCACCCAAAGGCUACGUGUUGUCUGAGGGAGUGCAGCCCAGUCUGGUGGUAAGCCCCAGGCCUUCCCUUAGAGCAGAGGAGAGUCUCUCACCAGAGGAAAACAAAAUCCAACACACAGACAUUGACGUUGCCACUGCUCACCUUCUGUGUAUGGACUCCCUCUGCCAUAAUUUGCCUCAGGAAGAAACUCCCCAGAAGCCUUAUAUUGCAACCAAAAGAAAUAUUCCUCUUACAAUUUCCAAAGAGCUCACUUGCAUGCCUGAUGUUAGCCAAACAAUGGCUAUUGUUGACGAAAAACCACCAUGGGAGAGCGAAGAUGCAAAUGUAGUUGAGUCAAAGGACUUGAGAUCUUCAUCAGACAUAGAUAGCGAGGAUGAUCUGGCAAUGGAUGAUUCCAGGGAUGCCAAGGACCGAAAUGAGCCGCAAACAAGCGAAAUGGACAGUGAGGAUGUUGUAAAGGAAGAAGCUGAAAUUGAUGACGAAGCAGCCUGUCCAGCGGUAGCAGAGAAGCCUGCCACAGCUCCAUCGACCAAGCCAACAAAGAGAUCUGGAUGCAGCUGCUUCGCCCUCCGCUUCUUGCUUCCAGCGACUCUGCUGCUUCUUGGUAUGCACAUUUGGCGCUUUGGCCUUCCCAUGUCAGUCGGCCAGCUCACUGCUCAUCUGGAGCUGCACUGGCUGGAGGGCAUGGGCCACAUCACAGAGCAGUGUAGCAGAGAUUGUAGGGUUUCCAUGUUUAGAGUUCAUCUGGUGGAGAGCUUCCCCGCUGGUCUUUACCCAUCCAGCCCAUCACCGCAGCAGAGUACAGCCGCCAGUUGGCUCAGGCUGCUCGACGAGGCCAACAGCUCUGUCAGCAUCGCCGCUUUGUACAUGUUGUUGCGGAGCAGCGAGUCAGACUUUCCCAAUACCAUCAAGACUCAGGGGAGGAAGGUCUUUGAGCGGCUGAAGCAACUUCCUUCCAAACAUGUGAAACUCAAUAUAGCCGUGAAUGGUCCUCAGACCAUGACUCAAGACACGACUGAAUUGGCUGCGGCAGGUGCCAACAUCAGGGAGGUGGAUCUGAAGUCUUUAUCUGGAGGCAUCGUCCACACAAAGCUGUUGGUGAUCGAUCAGAAGCAUUUCUACUUGGGUAGUGCCAACAUGGACUGGCGUUCUUUGAGUCAGGUGAAGGAGGUGGGUGUUGCCGUGGAGGACUGCAGCUGCCUGGCUCAAGACGCCGCUCGUAUCUUUGAGAUGUACUGGAGCCUCAGUGGCUCUCUGCCACCGUAUUGGCCUGCUCGCUUCACAGCCCUGUCCAGCUCCCAGCAUCCUCUGCAGGUCAACUUCAACGGAGUGGCUGCCAAAGUCUAUUUGUCUAGUGCCCCCCCGCAGAUCUCAGCCCGUGGCCGCUCAGAUGAUCUGACCACCAUCUUGUCCGUCAUCAGUGAUGCUCGAGAAUUCGUUUUCAUCUCUGUCAUGGAUUAUCUUCCUCUGUCUGAGUUCACCAAGCCACUGAGGUUCUGGCCCGCCAUCGACUCAGCCCUGCGUGCUGCAGCUUGCACUCGAGGUGUGAAAAUCCGUCUCCUGGUCAGCUGCUGGGAGCACUCGCCUGCCGCCAUGUUCACCUUCCUGCAGUCGCUGCUGGUUCUCAACAGGCCUCCGAUGAAAUGUCACAUUGAAGUGAAAGUUUUCACAGUGCCUUCAACAGCAGAGCAGAUGAAGAUCCCCUUUGCUCGAGUCAACCAUGCUAAGUACAUGGUCACCGACAGAGUUCUCUAUAUUGGCACAUCCAACUGGUCCGAGAACUAUUUCACCGAGACCGCCGGAGUGGGUUUGGUGGUGAACCAGACUGACUCCGAGGUCAAACAAGGCCAGUGGACUCUGCAGAGCCAGGCAGAGGAGCUUUUCCUCCGAGACUGGAGGUCCCAUUACGCCAGUUCGCUCUCUGCUGGUGAUGUCAGAGUUUGUCCUCGCAUACCACACUGAAUUAUUGACGAGGAUCUCAAUAUUGGAUCUGUAAAUUUUUUUUGGGGGGCGGGGCGGGUAAUUUGUAUAUGUUCAGCAUGUUUUUCCCCUGACGUUUUAGUAUUAAACUUCAAACAUGGCUAAAAGUA